GGUCCCAUCACCAGCACCUUCGUCAUUUCAUCAUUUCGGACGUUGAUAAAGGAAGGAGCCGGGAAGCGAGCAAGGGAAGGAGUUUGCAAGCGAAAGCUUUGUUGCAAGGAGAGACCUGUGCAAGACAUUGAGUUUGACACAUGCCAAACAGUAAACAGUACACUGUCGUAGUCAUGGCGAAUUUUGAGGAAACCCAGAGGAUUUGGUGUGAGGCCGAUGCUGUUUGUUUUGACGUGGACUCUACUGUAUGUACCGACGAAGCCAUUGAUGAACUGGCAAAUUACUGUGGGGUGGGAAGACAAGUGGCCGAGUGUACAAAGGCUGCUAUGGGCGGUGCGAUGACCUUCCGCAGAGCACUGACACAACGCCUGAACAUUAUACGCCCCACAAGAGACCAGCUAGCUAACUUCAUGAUAGACCAUCCUCCUAACCUUACCCCGGGGGUGAGAGAACUGGUGCAGCUCUUACAGAGUAGGAAUGUACCCAUUUACCUCGUAUCAGGCGGAUUCCAAAGUGUGAUUGAACGUGCUGCUGAGGAACUGGAGAUUCCAAGCUCACAUAUUCACGCCAAUAAACUGCGGUUUUUCAUGGAUGGUGAGUAUGCUGGAUUCGAUGAAACACAACCUACAUCUGAAUCAGGGGGAAAAGCUGCUGUUAUAAAACGGCUUAAAGACAAAUGUGGGUAUAAGAAGUUAGUGAUGAUUGGUGAUGGGGCCACAGAUUUGGAAGCGUGCCCACCAGCUGAUGCAUUCAUCGGGUUUGGUGGAAAUGUGAUUCGAGAGAAAGUGCAGUCCAAAGCCAAGUGGUAUGUGACAGACUUUGAAGAGCUUAUUUCAACACUGGAAAAUGGAGCUGCGCAAGAAAUUGAUCACUAAUGAUCAGAUGUCAGUCAUAGAGACAUUGUCACACACUUGUUAACAUUUAUUAUAUGUUGUCAUUGUGUAUCAUAAUGAUAUGUUAUAUUUGUUCUAUGGACAAGUUAAGUUUAGUGGUGUGUUGGACAUCUUUCUCAUCAGGUGACAGUUAUAUUGAAAAACCUCUGGGCAUCUUUGUUCAUUAACGUCUCACCUCCUUUUGUCCAACAAUUAACUGUUGUCACAUAGCUAAACCUAACAAUAACAUGCGAGCUAAUUUGUAACAGGUAAGCCUAUUGAAUAUUUAUGCAAGCCUAUAUUUCUGCAAGUAAGGAAAAUAAGUUAAACAACUAUAUCGCUCAGCAUGUUUUAUCAGUUCAGAUGUUUGGGUAUGUUGAGUUAAUCCUUCAAACAGUAACUGUUUUCCAUUUUUUUUUUUAAACAUGUCUUUUUAACCACGUAAGUUUUUAAUACAUGUAUAUUUUAUGUCAACCAUUAGCUUUUGUUUCUUGUGGCUUUGCAGGCUGUAAGUUCAACAAAAUAAAAAGAUUUUUAUGCAGUUUCUGACAUUUGCCUGUCAAUCUUCAAUGCAAUAACUGAACUUUCCAGGCUGUCAUCACAUUUAAUAUGGACUACAUGCCUUUAUUUAAUGGGAGAUAUAUUAUGUUGCAAGUUGGAAGUUAACUUAGAUCAAGGCUGUAAUGUAACAAGGCCUUCUCUCAGGAUUUUCUGUUCUCCACAGACAGCAUAUGAAGCUGUCCUGCACAAGUGUUCAUAUCCAUCAGCCUGCUGUAUUAAGGGCAUAAUAUGGGUGAAGGAUUUAUCGGAAAGUUGUGGGUGUUGGGCGAUAAACUGCCUGUGAACCUUGAUAACUAGGGCAGGUUGACAGCUGUGUGUAUUUGUGUUAUUACAUGUACAUGUAUGUAAGCUUUACAACGUGACUAUUUAUUACCAUAUACUGAGAUCAACCAGUUAACUAUCCUUGGUCAUAAUUUCUGAGUUAUUUUCAGUUGUGUUUUCACAUAUGACAUGAAUACAUGAAGGCAAAUUCUUAUUUUGUUGCAGUUCAUCAGGGUGUUGAAGAAACCGUCUAAACACCACCCAAUUACAUGUAUUAUUUGUACACUACUGUAUAAAGGACAUGUACUGUAUGAAGAACAUGUACUGUAUGAAGUACUUGUACUGUGUACAUGAUUCCAAUGUAUUUUUCACAUGCAAUAUAUAAUAAGUACAUUUGUGUAUAUAUUCUCCCAUUUCUAAUUGUCAUGUUUUGGACUUGCUGUCAGGGUAACCUUUCCCAGAUGUAAAUUGUGUUUUAGAUCAGCAUUGUGCCAUCUGUGUGAAAUUGACGGGUACAGAUCUACCUAGAGGUUAAUUUUGUGGUUUAAAAAAAAAAAUGUGUGAAGUUAUUGAGGUAGUUGGGUGUAUCGUUUUGAGAUCUCAAACUUCAGACCAGGCUGUUUUACCUCGGCUUAUCAACCUAAUGAGUGACCGUCUUGACGGAGUUGUAAAUGUUUUGAUGUAACACGCUCAGGAAUUCCUAUUUGUUUUUACAUCAGUUAAUAAAAUUGUGUUAUUUUAAUGUAUUGUAUCAUCUGAAUUCACUAUUGCAGAAUUUCAUGUUGUGCAUAUAGGCUGUGUAAUAAACAGCAUGUUGGCGCCAGC